AUGGCUGAAAAAUUGGUAGAAGUCUUGGUGGAGUAUGUACAACAGAGACAAAUAGCAUCUGAUAAGGGAGAAGGCCCAGGAAGGAAGAGUGAAUUCAGUGAUAUGCUCUGGGACGACAUAGAAAAACUAUUCACGGAGCUGACUGCUACAUUGAGAGUCAAGACUACUAUAGAAAAUGCGGUGUGCCAGGCACUCUAUGGGAAAGCCAAGGAGUCUGUAGUACAGAGGCUGAUAUGCCGGUACAUCGUGAAAAUAUUUGUAUACAUGGAUGGCACGGCAGAAGUAGUCACGGGUGGGACAGAACUAAAUGCCGAGCAGAAGAGCUGGAGGGACUAUUUCAAAUGUGUGGUAGGGAAUGUGACAUUAAUAAAGUUAUUUGAGAAGAACUGUGCAGCAAAGGACAUUAUAAAUAAGGUGUCCAGGCACAUGAGUACAAUAAGUAAAGCACUUGCGGGGCACACUAAUAGCCAACAAUGUCAGGGCCUUGAUUAUGAUAGCCUGAGCAUUGGCACGAAGUUUGUGGCCGGAACGAUGGGUGAAUGGAUAAAUAGGUGGAGACUAACAUCCGUUGGAGGGUUAGGUGGGUCCCGAGCACAGACCUCCUGUGCUGCACCAACAAGUAUAACGAAGGCGAGAGCGAAGACAGAUAGUGAAGACGCGCAUGUAGUGAAACUGUUCCAGGACGGCACUGCAAGAGAGGUAGCGGGAUUAAUACACAAAGAGGCGAAAAUAACGGAAUCCCAGAGAAGAAGAAUAAUGCAGGCAGCGAAGGAUAAAGGAACAGCGACCAGUGUACUGGACGAGGUAAUGCGUCAAAUAGAAACCAAGCACCACGGCGACGGAGGGAACAUUCAGGUGCCAGAUCCUAGCGCCUCCAUACACGCAACCGGCACACAACCACAGGGACCGAAAGGUAAACCAAGUGCAGGACGCGAACUCGGGGAUCCCGCAGGAGGCAGGUCAUUGCCGCCAUCGCAACCACAAGCACCGGCAUCUGCAGUAUUACCAGCAAGACCACAGGCACCUCCUCCACCGUCACCACCUCAGGACCCGACUACUCAGGGCGGCAAGGAAACGCACAGUACAGAUAGGUGCUCAAAGCCAGCACAGUCUGCCACAGUCGUAAAUGCAGGCGAAGGUCUCGCCGGUGCUAAAUCCAUUACCACUAUCACUUUUGGCACGAGUUCCGGAACUCAUGAUGACUGUGACCAGAAGUCCAAAGACACAGAAGCAGGUCUCAGUGCCCCUACGAAUACAGAGUCCACCGAGCAGACGGUACCGCAGGCAGCAGCAGGACCGCCGUCAUCGGGUCCUACAUCCACGUCCACGCAGACACCUUCUACAGAGGCAACACGGGCAGCGACUCCCGCCGGCCCGCCCGGUCCCACAGCUACCGCUGGCGAAGCCGACAGCAGCGGUCAGGAUGCCGUCGUCGAUGGCGGCAAUGAUGACCCCCCUCCUCUCAAUCCACCCAAACCCAAACCGCACCCGAACCCAGAACAAUCGGGGAGCAGCAGCCCCAGCGGGCCGACCAGUACUGGGCGUGCACCAGACGGUCAAAGUACACGCAGUUAUGAACGUGGUGGAGGAGGUGCUGUGGCUCCAGGUAGUCCACCUGGCAGCCAGGAUAUUGCCAGUCCGGGCGGCGGUGACCCAAGUGCAUCCUUACCCCCAGGCGGCGCACAGGAUCCCAACCACGGAGAAAUCCCAGCAGUUGUCACACAGAGCGGUUCAGGGCACGUUCCAGGGGGAGGUGUGUCCAAUACUCCCGGUGGCCCCACUCAAAAACCUAAUGACGCACCCCCACUUGUUCCCCUUCUCCGUUCGAAACCCUUCGACCCCAAGGAUCUCAUCCCCUAUACCCCCGCGCUCCUUCCCGCGGUGGUUGGUACUGCGAUCAUUGCCUUUUUCCUAUGGAAGUACUUUGCGUACCUCGCCAAACGACGACGAACAUAUCGCACCGUUCGUGACGUUCCGUCACCGCCACUCGACGAAGACAUUCUAGAGCAUCUACAACGCGGCGACCUGCCGCCACCCGAUUACGACUACACGAUGGUUAGGGAUAGGCAACCUGCGUCAACAUCCGCCCGACGACGACGCUCGCCACGCGUGCAUACGCGCACGAUUAUCGAGCUACAUCUAGAAGUGCUCCACGAAUGUGAAGCAACAGAAUGGGAAAACGCCAAAGACGACUAUUUGCAGAUUGUCGUGGAGCAGUUUGCACAGGAGUUUGCGCAGGAUUUGAUGCGGGACCAGGAAACGAAUAACAAUAUCGUGGGUGUGUCUACCGCAGACCAUGGUUUACUAGGAAACCAUGUUCCAUCCACCCUGGAUCCACCCAUUGACUCCGACGGCCACGAUCCAUGUCCACCUAACGAAGAUGACCCCGAUCCAUGGAGUUGUAUGGAAACCAUACAGUUCGCACGGGAGCGUGCUCCACCUAACGCAGAUGACCCCGAUCCAUGGAGUUGUAUGGAACCUGUACAGUUAGCAACGGACACUUCUCCACCUGACGAAGAGGACCCCGAUCCAUGGCGUUGUAUGGAAACCAUACAUCCCGAAAAACAACAGCGGAAUGUCCAUUCCCACCCUGGGGACGCGCCGUCGGACUGCACCCAAUGCAUCCCUUGGAUUGACCGCAACAAGCACCUAUUGCAGGACUGCACGACACAGCAGUGGUUUUUGCAACUAAAGUUGGAAUGGACACAAUACCUGCGUCAACAUGCGCCAAACGACGACAACGUGCAUCGUGAACUCAGUGAACAAAGAAGUAUUGGAUGUGUGGAAAUGAAAAAAGAUGCCUGGAAACAGUGGGUCGUGAAGCAACAUAACGACAUGGCAAAGUAUAUCGAAAAAGAUUGGUUUAGGCAUUUGUUGAAUACUGUACAGGAGGAGACAGUGCCGGCAAAAGGCGACGUACCUGCCGUCGACACAGACUUAAACAUGCAAAUAGUAACAGCAGCCGCAGACAUACUAAGCGUGAGAGAUAUACCACGCACGCAACCACUGCAUCCGCAACCUUACAUGACAAAACCGUUAACUGCCCAAUUGUGGAUGCUCCUUCUCGCGUUCGUAAUCGAACAAUGCGAGCUUGAAAGCCGUUUGCAGGAGAAGGAGUUAUAUGUAGAUGACCUAUUGGCCAAGAUCUGA